GCCUCUCGCUCAACCACUGAGCUCGUGCCGGCUUGCCAACCUCCAAUCAAAUCAAGAGAGGAAGCGGAAGAAGAGUGACGUCAUCACGUCGAAGCGGAGCGGUUGACCGUCAACAGUGACAGACAUGGCGGCGCACUGGCUCUCCCCAUCAGUGAGCAGACUGCUGAACGCUGCGAAGAAUGUCUCGUUCCAGUCCAGAUGCGGUGCAGCGCUCAGCAGUGCCAAGUACUCUACGGUCCACACCUCCGAUGAGAAGACCUUCGAUAAGAUCCUCAUCGCUAACAGAGGAGAAAUCGCCUGCAGGGUGAUUAAGACCUGUAAGAAGAUGGGCAUCCGGACUGUAGCUGUCCACAGUGACGUAGACUCCAGUGCUGUUCAUGUAAAGAUGGCUGAUGAGGCCCUGUGUGUUGGCCCUGCACCAACAAAUAAGAGCUACCUGAACAUGGACGCCAUCAUGGACGCCAUCCGAGUUACUGGAGCACAAGCAGUUCAUCCUGGAUAUGGGUUCCUCUCUGAAAAUAAAGAGUUUGCAAAGCGACUGGCAGCAGAUGGUGUGGCAUUCAUUGGCCCGGACACCCAUGCUAUCCAGGCAAUGGGGGAUAAGAUUGAGAGCAAGCUGAUUGCUAAGGCUGCUAAGGUCAACACAAUCCCCGGGUUCGAUGGAGUCGUUGAGACUGCUGAGGAUGCUGUGAAGAUUGCGCAGGACAUUGGCUACCCAGUGAUGAUCAAGGCUUCUGCAGGAGGAGGAGGAAAAGGAAUGAGGAUCGCCUGGAAUGAUGAAGAGACAAGGGACGGUUUCCGGUUUUCUUCUCAGGAGGCAGCGUCCAGCUUCGGAGACGACCGGCUGCUCAUUGAGAAGUACAUCGACAACCCCAGACACAUAGAAAUACAGGUGCUGGCUGAUAAACACGGCAAUGCUCUGUGGCUGAAUGAGAGGGAGUGCUCCAUCCAGAGGAGGAACCAGAAGGUGGUGGAAGAAGCCCCAAGUACUUUCCUUGACCAGGAGACGCGACGAGCCAUGGGGGAGCAGGCGGUGCAGCUGGCGAAGGCUGUGCAGUACUCCUCUGCGGGCACCGUGGAGUUCCUGGUUGAUUCUAAAAAGAACUUCUUCUUCCUUGAGAUGAACACUCGGCUUCAGGUGGAACAUCCCAUCACAGAGUGCAUCACUGGCCUGGACCUGGUGGAGCAGAUGAUCAGGGUUGCAAAGGGUUACACGCUUCAGCACAAACAAGAGGAUAUCCCAAUAAAUGGCUGGGCAAUAGAGAGUCGCGUCUACGCUGAGGAUCCUUACAAGUCUUUUGGUCUUCCUUCCAUUGGACGGCUGUCUCAGUACCAAGAGCCAAUCAACCUACACAAUGUCCGUGUAGACAGUGGGAUCCAGGAGGGCAGUGACAUCAGUAUCUACUAUGAUCCGAUGAUAUCUAAGCUGGUUACUUAUGGAGCUACACGCGCUGAAGCUCUUUCCAAGAUGGAGGACGCUCUUGACAACUAUGUUAUCAGAGGUGUGACCCACAACAUCCCCCUCCUGCGGGAAAUCAUCACACACCCUCGUUUUAUCUCUGGUGACAUCAGCACUAACUUCUUGCCGGAGGUUUACCCUGAUGGGUUCAAAGGUCACCAGCUGGAGAAGGAAACAUGCUGGGAGCUGUUAGCCUCAGCAGCAGCAAUCCACGUCACUGCUCAGCUCCGUUCACAGAAGGUUCUUGGCAACGCAAGGGUGUCCUCAGCUUCUGUGGACUGUAGCAAUUGGGAACUGAUUGUGGAGCUUGGAGAAAGAUGCCAUACAGUGGAGAUUACCAAGUCAGGAAAUGUUUAUACUGUGGAGGUAGAUGGAGGAAAGGUGGAGGUCAAAGGAGAGUGGAAUCUGGCCUCCCCACUGUUGCCACUUACAAUUAACGGUACCCAAAGAACACUACAGUGUCUCUCCAGAGACGCGUCAGGAAACAUUGUCCUGCAGUACUACGGCACAUCGUUUAAGCUUCGAGUUUUAUCCAAGUUGGCUGCAGAGUUCAAUUCCUUCAUGCCAGAGAAAGUUCCAGAAGACACCAGCAGCAUCUUGCGUUCACCAAUGCCGGGCACAGUGGUGGUCGUGUCGGUCAAACCUGGAGAUACGGUUGCAGAGGGUCAGGAGAUUUGUGUAAUUGAAGCCAUGAAGAUGCAGAACAGUUUGACUGCUGCCAAGAUGGGGAAGGUGAAGAGCGUCCAUUGUAAGCAAGGAGAAACAGUGGGAGAGGGAGACCUUCUGGUGGAGCUCGAGUAAAACACAACCUGUGGCCUUUUACGUGUUACACCAGCACGGGGAUGACAGAGGAGACCCAAGAGGAUGCUGAGCAAACACUCCGGACAACAACUGACUCUUGAGUUGUUUGGUCUCUACAGGGACUCUCAUUGACAUUCAGUGCUUAGCUGUAUCAGCUGUUAGUGUCUUCUUAUUUCAGAUUCCUAUAUAUUGGCUGGUUUGAUACAACUCUCUUUGAUUCUCUGUUUUGAUUUUUCUUUUUUUUUUUGGUCUAGAUUUGAUUUUAAAACAAAUGAAAAAAUAAAUCUCACAUACUCA